GGAGCAGCGCAAGGCACGCAAGGGCAAGAAAGGAGGACAAGGAAAGGACAAGGAAAGGAGGAAUCCAAGAGUGGAGCCAAACCCAAGGAUGACGUCAUCCGUAUUGUGAUGGCCGGCCCACAGUGCGGCAAGUCGUGCUUGGUCACCCGCCUCCGCUUCAACGAAUUCGUCGAGGUCGAAGACCCCACCAUCCAGGACGAUCACGUCCACACGCUGACUGUCAACGACAAGCAGUACACGCUCAAGAUUCGCGACAUCUCGGGCGACCUCGCCCUCUACAGCGAGUUCUACCCCAACCGUUGGCGGUUCGCUAAGCCGUAG